UCUCAUGUGUACACGUAAUCACUGUGUGUUGGAUGUGACAGCCGCUGAGCAGUCAGCAUCGCCAGCAUGGACCGGGGAGGGAUGAAGCACCGGGAAGGACGCCCGGAGAUGAGCGGUUACAGUGUGUACGAGGAAGAGAACGAGAAACUUACGGAAACUCUGCGGCUCAAAGCCAGCGCGCUGAAAUCUCUUUCUAUCGAUAUUGGGACAGAAGUGAAAUACCACAAUAAAUUACUGUCAGAAAUGGACUCGGAUUUCGACUCAGCCGGUGGUUUCUUAGGGGCUACAAUGGGCAGACUGAAGGCGCUCUCCAGGGGCAGCCAGGCUAAGCUGUUUUUGUAUAUGAUGCUCUUCGCCUUUUUUGUUUUCUUUGUCAUUUACUGGUUUGUGAAGCUCAGGUGAUCGGACUUGUUUUUUUUUCUUUUUAAUUGUGCCAAACAAUUUGGUCUUCGUUCUCUCGGGACAUGCUGGGAAUUUCAGUUUUACAACACAACGGAGACCAGUGUUUUGGAGCAUAUUCUCCAGUGACUGCAGCGUAGACCCUCAUUUGGUGGAAGAUGGCGUCGUUGAGACCAUGAAUCGCCUUAUAAUCGCCCUAGCUCACCGGAACCCGGAUCCUUUCAUGUUCCCCGUCAUUCAUUCCAGUAAAUCCAUAGGUGUACAAUGAUGAAAGUGGCAACUCCCAGCAGAAGAGAAUUAAUGAUCUGAGAAGAGCUAUGGAGGACCACACUGUGUCAAUCAUUAUCUAAUUAUGAGAAAGUCGCACAGGGGACUCAUCCUUAUGGAUGGAAGCGCACAAUUUCCAGGCUUGGAUGCAUCUAACCCUCCUCCCCCACCUCCUGGAAUUUCCACUAUGGAAAGUUAAAACAUUUAUCUGUAGUAAAUUAAUAUUUUGGACGGACAUUAAACAGCGCUUUUAUCCUGU